AUGCGCGCUUCCGACAUGCCGGCGUCGACUGCCACGGAGACUCUGGACGACCAGGACGAGGCGUACCUGGCCCAGCGUCAGUCCACCAUGGACUCGGCCACGCUGGACAAGCUGCUCAUGGCCGAGAAGAACCUGGCGCAGGCCGGCCAGGCCACCACCAACGUCUGGAAGCUCAUCGGCAAGCUGCCGAGCGAGGAGCUGGACGCGCCGCCGCCCGCGCGCGAGGCGCCCAGCCUCUCGGCCAGCAUGUCGCUGCCCGCCCGCCAGAACUCGCGCUCCGCGGUCAGCUUCUCCGCGUCCCCGGGCAGCCCGCGGCGCACGCGCACGCCCACGCGGCGGAAAGUGUCGACCCAGGCGUCCGACGACCUCUCGAGCGGCAAGUUCCUGUCCUCGGGGCCGCUGAGCCCGCACAACGAGCGCAACCGGUGGGCGGCCACGGCCCCGACCGGCUCCAGGGACCUCGUGGUGGACACGUCGGACGCGGUCAGCGUCGAGGCCCGGGCCAGCCCGCGCUACAACAUGGAGAUCCCGCGGCCCGACUCGGUGGGCCGCAGCUCGCUCGGCUGCUACGCGAGCACGAGCCAGAGCAACAGCUUCUACGAGCGGCCCACGCACUUCAACGGGUCGGGCGGCGGCCACGCUAUCGACACUCUGAGCGACUCGUCCACCAACUUUCUGGUGGAGAACGGCCGCAGCAGGUCCACGCACACGAGCAGCAGCAACGUGUUCGGCUUCAACCGCAACGCGCCGCCGUCGUCCGAGGUCACGCUCUACACGUUCACGGUCAAGAAGAGCGACAGCGUGCUGGAGAAGCUCGGCAGCAAGCGGGCCAGCAUCCAGCUGCAGGUGGACGUGGAGGAGCGCAUGAUCUACUUCCUGUCGGCCCACGACCAGCGCGAGGAGUACAGCUGCGCGGCCGUGACGGCCAAGCCCCAGUCGCGCCUGGGCAUGCAGCUCAAGAUCCAAACGGGCAACGCCAGCGUGAACAAGAAGAUCACGUUCUACAGCACGGAGGACCGCGCCAACUUUGUGCAGGCGCUGGAGCAGGGCAAGGUCAUGGUCUACAGCAAGAAGAACCCGAUUGCUGGCACGCCCUCGCGCGCGCCCACGGAGAUCAUCGACGAGACGGCGUCCACUGUCUCCAGCACCUUUGAGCGCUCCAAGCUGCGCGACUCGAUGGUGAGUGACCACUUCAAUCUGCUGCCGGGUGAGUCGGUGCUGGAGCAUGUCCAGCGCGUGACCAACCUGGUGGUGAUGUCCCAGAGCGACCGCGCAGUGCAAGGCGUGCUGAAGAUCACGUCAUACCGCAUCACGUUCGUGCCGUACGAUUCAUCGUGGAAGUUCGGCUCGUUCGAGUUGCCGCUUGCUGCUAUUGAUCUGAUCACGAGGGAUGGCCUCAUGCUCCUCAUCACGUGCAAGGACCUGCGUACGCUGCGACUCGCGAUGCACGACGCGUACUCGAGGAAGAAGGGCUACGACCAGCUCCCGUCGACGCCCGACUUCCGGUGGCUCAACUUGCUCACGUUGCGGAUGAAGCCGCCGAACAUGAUCGGCGCGCUGUUUGCCUUUGACUACCACACGGAGCUAUCGAAGGAGCGUACCGCUCCACUCCCGGAAAAGCACAAUGGCUGGUUCGUGUACUCGCCCUUCGCUGAGUACCAGCGUCUUGGCUUCCUGUCGGCCAAAAAACAGCCGGAAGAGGAAGGCGUGAUCACGUGGCGACUGCUCAAGAACUCCAAGUUCCGCUUCAGCCCCACGUACCCGCAGCUUAUGGUGGUGCCGUCGCUCAUGUCUGAGGAGCAGCUUGUGCAGUCGGCUCGCUUCCGAUCACGCGCGCGUCUUCCUGUCGUCGUGUGGCGCCACCCUGUGAACAAAAGCGUGUUGUCCCGCUCCAGCCAGCCUAACUACGGUAUGGCGGGCAACCGAUCCGAACCCGACCGGAUACUUCUGCGCGCGUACCGCGACUCGGCCAACAAGAACAGCUCGAACAUGUCGCCGCCUCUGCACAUUAUCGACGCGCGCAAGCCCAUCGCAACCAAGGGCAAUCGCCUGAAAGGAAAAGGUGUGGAAAACUCGCAGCACUACGACAACGCGACUAUUGAGUUUAUGGGCAUUGCUAACAUUCACAAGAUGCGCGAGUCAUUGGACGCACUUAAGUCCUUGGUUAGUCCUAGCAGCGUUGAAGACGGCGACAAACACUACCACAACCGUCUCGAGAACACUCGAUGGCUUAAGCACGUGAUGCGUGUGUUGUCCGGCGCCCGGAGGGUUGCAGAGGUUCUUCACGAAGACGGCGCUUCGGUACUGGUGCACUGCAGUGACGGCUGGGAUCGCACUCCGCAGCUGGUGGCUCUGGCGCAGCUCAUUCUCGACCCGUUCUAUCGUAGCAUCCGAGGUUUUGCCAGCCUCGUAGAAAAGGAAUGGUGCUCAUUCGGACACAAGUUCGCGGAUAGAAUUGGCGUGGGCAAGGACAGUUCAGAUCAGCCGAACGAGCGGUCGCCGGUGAUGCUGCAGUUCUUGGACUGCGUGUGGCAGAUGACCCGGCAGUUCCCCACCUGCUUCGAGUUCAACGAGAAGUUCCUGCUGCACAUUUCGGACUCGCUCAUCUCCGGUCUGUACGGCACGUUCUUGUACAACUCGGAGCGCGAGCGUGUGCUGGACAAGGUAUGGGAGCGCACGGAAUCUGUGUGGACGCCGGUGCUGGAAAACCCGGGGCCGUACAAGAACCCGUUGUACCGACCCACGAACCGUGUGCUGUAUCCGCGGGCAAACCUGAAGCGCGUUGUGCUGUGGGAUGGCAUGUUCUUCCGGUGGGACCCUGAAAGCCACCCGGAUUACAUGGAGUUCAUGGACCCCGUCGAGAAGCACGACGACGACGCGUCCGCGUACGAUGAAGACGAAAGUCCUCGCGGCGCCAGUGUUCUCAACUCGCCGUCGGUAAUGCCUAUUGGUGGCGAUCUUGAAGAGGACAAGGUGGAGUUAGAUAUUGACGUGAUUCACGACUUCGAUGAGUUCCGGGCAAAGACGCUGUCGGACUGCUCCGACAUGAGUGACGACGACGAUUUCGAGAUAUCGCCCAGUGUUACGGCUAGAUACGACGGCUCGUCGACGCUGACAGCAGACGAGCUCAACAUGACGACACCAGCGACCAGCGAAGUUGAUUCCGAAAGCUCGGCGUCUGCUGAGGCGCGCCUCCAGCUGGACGAGAGUACGCUGGAUCGGUAUCACCACGGAGCUGAGGAGCGCACCCGCCAGCGCGCGCAGGGACGCAACAUACGCGAGGCGUUGCUGCUGGCCCCCGACCAGAGCCGCAUCAAGUACCUGGAGCAGCUGCUGAGCGAGAGCAUCGCGCGUGAGCUGCAGCUCGAGGCCGAACUGGACUCGAUCCUGCACCGCGCAGCCCGGGGGAAAAGCUCCUCCAACGGCACCACCCCAAGCAGCUGCAACACGGCGGCCGGAGGUAGCAACAGCGAGAAUGGGUCGACCCAUUCGUAAGGCAGUUGACUGACGAUAAGCAGUAGAGAGCGCGAGAGAUGCUUUGGCUGCUGCCGCCUCCCUCGCUCGGCUCGGCCUGCUACUGGCAAGUUUUAUUUUGCUUCUG